UUUUUGCUUGUUUCUUGUUUUAAACACUUCCAACCAAAGUAAAAAAUAACAUACACUUGGGAAGACAUUAGCAAUGCAUUCAAUUUUAAAAGAAAUUCACCCAGUUACAGUUGUGGACCAUGCAAUUAGUUGCAACUUCUUCAAUGAUCAGGAAACAAAUCUAGUCACAGCAGGCUCAUCAAAAUUAUCAAUUUAUCGACUUUAUGAUGUAGAAGAGGAUGGAACUAAAGAGGAAGAUGGUGGUGCCAAAUUAGAAGAUGUAAAAGUAAAACGAAAAUUGGAGCAAGUUGCCUCGUAUUCCUUAUUUGGUAAUGUUGUAAACAUGCAAGUUGUACGACUUGGACAUAAUAUUCGAGAUUCAGUUUUACUUGUUUUCAAAGACGCUAAGCUAUCCAUUGUUGAAUACGAUCCAUUCAAUCAUGAUCUAAAAACUGACUCGAUGCAUUUUUUUGAAAAUGAAGAAUUCAAGUGUGGUCUUACUCACAAUAUUCAUCAGCCAUUGGUUCGAGUUGAUCCCGAUCAACGCUGUGCAUGUGUUUUAAUUUAUGGUAGACAUCUUGUAGUGCUUCCUUUUAAACAUUCGACUGGUACAGAUAUCCAAGAACUACCUUCAGAGAGAGAACAUAUUAGAUCUGUGUUACCAAGUUAUAUGAUUGACUUACACACACUUGAUCAGCCAGUUUCUAACAUUGCUGAUUUGCAAUAUUUGCAUGGGUACAAUGAACCCACUUUAAUGUUGCUACAUGAACCAGUACAGACAUCUGCUGGGAGAAUUGCAGUGCGUCAAGACACAUACUGUGUGAGCGCCAUCUCGUUAAACAUGACAGAAAAAGUGCAUCCAAUUAUAUGGACCGUAAACAACCUUCCAUUUGAUUGCCAGAUGAUACAAGCUGUGCAAAAGCCAAUAGGUGGGGUUUUAGUAUUUGCAUGUAAUUCGCUAAUAUACCUCAACCAGAGCUCUCCUCCCUGUGGUGUUUCGCUUAACAGUAUGACUGAAGCAAGCACAAUGUUUCCUUUAAAAAUCCAGGAUGAUGUUGUAAUCACACUUGCAGAAGCCUGUUGUGAUUUUAUAUCACCAGAAGAACUUGUGUUAUCUCUUGGAGGUGGAGAAAUAUAUGUGUUGACAUUAUUAACUGAUGGAUUGAGAAGUGUUAAAAGUUUUCAUUUCGAUAAAGCUGCUGGAAGUGUUUUGGCAUCUUGUGUUUGUGUUAUUGAGAAUGGUUUUGUAUUUCUUGGUUCAAGACUUGGGAAUUCUUUGCUGCUCCGCUAUACAGAAAAGCAAGAUAAACCUAAUUCGGAGACAAAGCCUGGUGAGCUUCCUCUUGCCAAGAAAAGAAAAACGGAUCCUUCUGAUUUGGAUGAUUUUGAAAUUUUUGGGGAUUUGAGUGCACCAACAACACACAGUGUAACAACAUACACUUUUAAUGUAUCAGACAGCCUGUUGAAUAUUGGUCCCAUUUCGAAAUCUGCUGUUGGUGAGCCAGCAUUUUUAUCUGUAAUUUUUCAAAGUGAAUGGCAGGCAGAUCUUGAAUUAGUGUGUUGUUCUGGUUAUGGUAAAAAUGGUGCCCUCACUGUUUUACAGAGGAGCAUUCGUCCACAAGUUGUUACAACGUUUGAAUUGCCUGGUUGUACAAAUAUGUGGACUGUAUAUUCCAAUCAAAAGGAAGAUGAAAAAGAACACUAUCAUGCCUUUCUUAUUUUAUCUCGAGAAGAUUCCACAAUGGUAUUAAACACUGGAGAUGAAAUCACUGAAAUUGACAAUUCAGGUUUUAAUGCACAAAACCCAACCGUAUUCGCUGGUAACUUAGGACUUGAUAGAUACAUUGUGCAAGUUUGCCCAAUGAGUAUACGUUUACUAGAAGGUUCAAAAGAAAUUCAGGAUAUUCAAAUGGGAAGUGAUUCUCCAAAUGUUACAUUUUGUUCUAUAGCAGACCCACAUGCUGUAUUGUUAAUGGCUGAUGGUUCUAUUAUGUAUAUGCAGCUGAUAGAGGAUUUUAAUGGCCCAAAAUUGAAGUUAAUUGGUCCUGAUAUUCGCUUAGAAAGCAAAAUUACUUCAGUCUGUAUGUACAAAGAUGAAAGUGGUUUAUUUCAAAUUGAAGCUGAACAUAAGGAAAGGAGACCAUUGCGUGCUAGACGCUUGACAUCUGUUGGAGCGGUUUUAUCAACUGUAUCCAAUAUUCAUGAAGCAAAAAGGUCAUUAACAAUUGAAGAUGAGGAAGAAAUGUUAUAUGGUGAAUCCUCUGCUCUCCCUCACCCCGAUGUUCAACAAGCUCAGCUUGCUAAUAUACGAAGGAGAAGUUUUGCCUUCCAAGGACCAGCUAGAACGAACCAAGAUACGUACUGGUGUGUGAUUUGUCGCGAGAAUGGAGAAUUGCAAAUAUAUAGCCUGCCAGAGUUCACACUGGUUUUUACAUGUAAUGAGUUUUCAAAUGCUCCCAAAGUACUAGCCGAUAGUGGUGAUGUACCAAAGAAACUUAGUGCCAUGUCUAAAGGUAUCGAAGUUAAGGAAAUAGUGAUGGUUGGAGUUGGUAACAAAAAGAGAAGACCGUUACUGUUCACUAUAAUUGACCAAGAUCUAGUAAUUUAUGAAUGUUUUUCUUACAACAAACAUAUCGAUAGUGGUCACCUUGGAAUUAGAUUUAAGAGGUUAGAAACUCACAUUUUAAUGCGUAUGAAAGAAGAAAUGAAAUUAGCAGAAAUGGCUGAUGUUGCAUCAAGUGAAAAGAAGAAAGUAAAGAUCCCGCGUCUCCGUGUUGUAUAUGAUGUUUCAAGCUAUAAAGUUGGAAUAUUCGUGUGUGGAAUGCAUCCAUAUUGGUUGUUUGUCACGUCAAGAGGUAUUGUGAAUGGUCAUCCAAUGACUGUGGAUGGGGCUGUGACGUCAUUUGCCUCAUUUAACAACAUCAAUUGCCCCAAAGGCUUUUUAUAUUUUAACAAACUGGAUGAGUUAAGGAUAGCUGUCUUACCAUCUCAUCUCACCUAUGACUCACCAUGGCCUGUUCGAAAGGUACCGUUAAGAAUGACACCAUAUGAUAUUGCGUACGAGACAGAAGCCAAGGUGUAUGCUGUUGCUGUAGCUUAUGGUGAAAACCACAAAAAAUUACCUCGCUUUCAUACAGAAGAUCGAGAGUUUGAUACUGUUGAGCGAGAAUCGAGGUACAUUUACCCUCAAAUUGAUCGCUUUGUUAUUGAAUUAAUAUCACCAGUCAGUUGGGAAGUGAUACCCAAUUCAAGGACAGUGUUGGAGGAGUUUGAGCACGUUACUAGUAUUAAAGUUCUCCACCUGCAGAGUGAACUUGUUGAUACUGGUUUGAAACAGUUUGUAGUGGUUGGAACCUCUUUCAAUUACGGAGAAGACCUGGCUUGCAAAGGAAGGAUUCUGGUUUUUGAUGUUGUGGAAGUGGUACCAGAACCUGGACAACCGUUGACGAAAACGAAAUCGAAGUGCUUAUAUAACAAAGAACAAAAGGGACCUGUCACCGCCAUGUGUGCUUCCAGCGGGUAUCUAAUAGCAGCUGUUGGCCAAAAGAUUUACGCGUAUUCAUUUAAAAAUGCUGAUCUCGUUGGAGUAGCCUUUGUGGAUUCACAAGUCUUUACCGUUAACCUGUUCAGUCUUCGAAAUAUCAUUGUCGCUGCUGACAUAUCGAGAAGUAUCUCUCUUAUAAGAUUCCAGACCAAUCAUAAAUCUCUGGCAUUAGUUAGUAGAGAUAGCAAACCAUUAGAAGCAUAUUCUUCAGAAUUUUUCGUUGAUGGAUCACAGAUAGGAUUUGUAGUUUGCGAUGCAGAAAAGAAUGCUCUCAUAUUUGCUUAUCAACCUGAAGCGUUGGAGAGUUUUGGCGGCCAGCGGUUAUUGUUAAAAGCCGACAUAAACGUUGGUUGUCAUGUCAACACAAUGUUUCGAAUAAAAGUAGCACAAGACGAAGCAACACUUAGUAAAGUUCCCGACCAAAGACAAGUGACAUUUAUGCCGACGUUGGAUGGUAGCAUAUGUUCUAUACUUCCUUUACCGGAGAAACCGUAUCGACGUUUGCUGAUGCUGCAAAAUAAAUUAACAGAAUGCCUCCAACACAAAGCUGGAUUAAACCCGAGAGCAUUUAGAGCACUGAAUGUUCCAUUACGUCCAUUAACAAACGCUCAGAAGAACAUACUAGAUGGUCAGUUGUUAUCCAAGUAUGUCCACUUGAAUUUUACAGAACGAUUUGAGAUCGCAAAAAAGAUGGGAACGACAGCUGCACAGAUUCUGGACGAUAUGAUGGAUAUGGAACGCGCAUGCACGCACUUUUAAGUAGAUCAACAUCCCAUGAUGAAUAAAGACUUCUACAAAAGUAAUACAUCGUGUAUUUCUAUAACGACGUCGAUUGGACGGCGCCGUCAGCAUGGCGGUAAAAAUAGUUUUGGCAUUUCGCUCAUUUAUCGAUAUGAGAACAGCGUAAAAAGAAAGAAGCAAUGUAAAAAUUUUACAUGUAGAUAUUUUCUUAGUUGUGUAGUAAAUUUAAAUCACAUAA